UGUUGGAAUUGCGGAACCUAUGAAAGUUCCAAAUCAACUCUAACAGUUGAUCAUGAUCUGAUUGAUGCUAAUCCAAACAUUAGUUAUCGUGAUCUGCAGAGAGCUCUGCAAUUCAAUUUUUGCUCUGAAAUUGUUACAUGCACGAGAAUUAAUGACAAAACUGCUGAACCAUGCUAUGGCAAUGUAAUGGUACGACCUAAAGCUAUUGGUGAUUUUAUAUUUAUCGAAUUGGAUAUACCCAACCGGAACGAUGGAACCGUUGUGGAGUGCCAGUUAGCAGUCAUGCCAAAAUCGCUGGAUUUACUGGAUGCUCAAUUUAGACUUGCUGGUAUGAUCUCAUCGAGUACAAGCCAUCAUACCAGCUAUUGUUGGCGACCGAAUAACAAUUGGGAGUUUUGCGAUAAUCGAGCAUCGAGUGUAGCCUUUGCAGGUCAGAGGACGAAAAUAAAGGCUAGUGCUGCUAUUUAUGUGAAAAUUCUCCCCAACGAUGAACAUGAGCCAAAGAAAAAUGUAAUUCACGCAGAGAAUCAAUUCCAAUCCUCCCCCAGGCUAUCAGCAACUCCUCCAAGGAUUUCUGUCAUAUCCUGUACAUCUUCUCCUCCAACGAUUGAUCUUGAAUCACCGCAUAAUUCCGGAAAGCUCAAUCAAUCAUGUUUACUGCCACAAUAUAAACAUUCUGAGGACUUACGAACGACAAAAAGAGACUCUGACACGUUUUCGCGAGACAAUUGGCGAAACAAAGGUAGUCCAGACCUCUACUGGGUUGAAGAGACUGAUGAAUCGACGCUCAUCAUCAACGAUGAUGGAGAAUCGUUUCUCAACAUUCCUUCUAAAACUGAGACAGCUGAGGGAUACACCAAUCGAAUUCUGUCUCCGAGUGGAACUAUGCCUGAUGCUAAUGAAGUGAAUGAGAAUUCUCUCUGUUUAACCAACACUUCUAUUGUUGACUCAAUCACUCAUAUUUUAUUGAUCGCGGCACUAGAUGAUCCUCAUUAUUUACAAUCCAUUGAAGGAUCGCCUGAUAAGUUGCUCCGUUUUAUUGUCUCUCUGAAAGAUCAGUCAUUGAAUGAUGCUAUUCAUGCAGAUAAAACUGAUCUCUUCAUGUCUUUAUUUUCUAGAAAGAUCCAAUUAUCAGAAAAUGGCAUGUGCAUACUGGAUCCUCAUGAUUCAGUCAGUAAUCUGUGGGAAGAGGCCUUAUUAAAUGCUCCUAGCGUUUAUAAAUUCUUCGAGUGUCAAACGUGUGGUCCUUAUGUCGUUCCUGUUUGGACCAUAAAUAUUGAUUGUGAACUUAUAUAUAGACAGAAUUUCAGUGUCUUACAACAGGCACUUAAAUUCUAUCCGACAUUGAAAAAAGUCCCCUGUAUUUUCGAGGGUUGUGAACAAUUGUGUUCAAUCAAAUGCAGUGCCAACUUUCACAUAUUCAUUGAUCUAGAAAUGAAAAUCAGAGGACGUUCUCAGAAGACAGUCCAAUGCAAGCUGGGAGAGAUACCAAAGACAUUACACCUUGACAUGGAGUAUAGACUGGCUGGAGUGAUUGCUCACGCAGAAGCAGGAUUUGUGGCAUAUUGUUAUCGUGUUAAUGAAUCGACUGCACGGUGGGAAUUGUAUGGUAGCUGUCCGAAAAAAAAUCAUCCUGCUGAUCCUCAUGACGUGGUCGAACCUCAUGGAGCUAUUUACCUGAUUAAUUAUUCAUUCAGUGGGGAAUGAGAUAUUUUAAGUUUGGGUGUUAUCGAUGCAAACGGAUGUAUUAUGUGCCUGCAAUCGUUAAAUAAUAAACAAUAUAUCAAGAUAUUUUCAAAAAAAAAAAAAUUUAGGAAAAGUUUCGUGUUCCAUACACAAAUUUCAUCUUUUAUUUGCACUUUUUACAAUAAAUUUAUCUUAAAAUUUGAA